GGAGCCAGAGAGCGAGAGAGAGAGAAAAGUUGCCAUUAUCCACAAAUCUGUCCACCCUUUGAUGCGUGCAAUCUGAAACUUACUUUAUUUUAUUUUAUUUUAAUAUUAUUUCUUGAAUUAUCUUAUCUUUGUCUUUGUUGUUAAAAUAAUAGAAUAAACUUAAUCAUUUUAUUUUUAUUUUUAUAUUAUUUCUCGGAUUAUAUUUUAUUUUCUUUGGUGAAAUAAUUUCUUGGAUCAUCUAAUCUUUGUCUUUGGUGUUAAAAUAGUAUAAUAUAUGUCGAGGUCCUCUGUAUGAUAGUUUUAGUUCUAUAAAUCUUGUUUUCCUUUUCCUCAGUCAAAAAUAACAUUCACAUAACUUAAAUCUGAAUUUUCUGUUUUUCCAGCUUCUUUUUUUUCUUUUUUUUUCUUUUUUGGGUAUAAUUCUUUUGAAGAAUGGUUUCCCUCUGUUUCUUGCCCGAUUCUUGUUGAAUUCCUCAGCUUUUUGAAGCCUGAAGUUUCUUUCUUUUUCCCAGUCAACGUCCCAGGUCUUUCAUAAGCCUCUAGUCCUCUUUGUUGCUGCAGCUUUUACUAUCUCCUUUCGCUGCAUCGUUUCACUAUUCAAGCUAAGUCAAUGGUGGUUUAGAUGUUGUUUUUUAAUUUCCAAGUUGUGGAAAUCUUUUCAGGAUUUAAAGUUAAUAAAGUUCAUGAUUAUUGGAUUCUUGGUUUUCUUUUAUAGAAGUUUUAGAUUUUCUGGGGGCAGAUGAUUUUCUAUAGAAAGAAAGAAAAUUUAUGAUUUUUUUUUUGUUCACUAUUUUUAACAAGUGGGUAGUGCGUGAAAAUGAAGCACUGAAUUUUGUGUUAGCUAAUUUCUUCCUCUUACACUGUUUAUGAGCUAUUUGGGAGAAGUUGGAAGCGUUUUUCCAAUGGAUUCCUGCAAAACUAUAUUCUGUUUUUCUUGAUAGUCAUAGCCUUUGUUAAGGGAUUCAAAAGUACAUUAAAAAAAAAAAAAAAAUUCAUGGAAAACAUCAAUGAACUUUCUUCAUCAUUGAGCUUUGCCUCAUCUUCAUAUAUAUCAAAUGGGUCUAGCGAUCACAAUUUAUCUAGUAUAUCUGCUUGUGCUAGUUCUGAACCUUGGCAAAAUCCUGAAAAUUUAAGUCUGAGCAGACUCAGUAGCAAUAUAGAGAAGCUACUGAUUGAUCCUGAAUAUGACUAUAGUGAUGCUGAGAUUGUUGUUGAGGAAAAAGUGGUGGGAGUGCAUAGGUGUAUUUUAGCUGCGAGGAGCCAGUUUUUCCAUGAGCUAUUCAAGAAGGCAAAUGAGGGUUCGAAAAUGGAAGGUAAACCAAAAUAUCUGAUGUCUGAAUUGGUACCUUAUGGGAAGGUUGGAUUUGAAGCUUUCAAUGUUUUCUUGAAUUAUUUGUAUACUGGUACUGGAAAGCUUAAGCCAUCACCUCCAGAAGUAUCAACGUGUGUUGAUGAUGGUUGUGCCCACGAUGCGUGUCGGCCUGCUAUUGAUUAUGCUGUGGAAUUGAUGUAUGCUUCUGCUACUUUCCAAAUGAAAGAGCUUGUUCUUCUUGUUCAGCGGCGGCUUUCAAACUUUGUUGAGAAAGCUCUUGUGGAAGAUGUAAUUCCAAUUCUCUUGGCUGCCUUCCAUUGCCAACUGAACCAUCUUCGCUCGCACUGCAUCCAGAGGGUAGCAAGGUCAAAUCUUGACAAUUUGUCUUUAGAGAAAGAGCUUCCUUAUGAAGUUCUAACUGAAAUCAAGUCAUUGCGCCGUGCAUCUGAGCAAGAGGAAGAAUCUAGUGGGAUAGAAAUGAGAGAGCCAACUCAGGAGAAGAGAAUCAAGAGAAUCCACAAAGCAUUGGACUCUGAUGAUGUUGAACUGGUCAAGCUUCUUCUGAGUGAAUCUGACAUUACUCUUAAUGAUGCUUGUGCACUCCACUAUGCUGUUGCAUACUGCGAUCCUAAGGUUGUCAAGGAGGUCCUUAGUAUAAACUUGGCUGAUCUAAAUCUCCGCAACCCUCGAGGACAUACUGUGCUUCACAUCGCUGCAAGACGUAAGGAGCCAUCAGUUCUCGUGGCACUUUUGGACCAGGGAGCAUCUGCAAUGGAGACUACAUUGGAUGGGCAAACAGCUGUUGCAAUUUGCCGCAGAUCAACUAGGCCAAAGGACUAUAACGAGGAUACGAAGCAGGGAGAGGAAUCUAACAAGGAUCGAAUAUGCAUUGACGUUCUUGAGAGAGAGAUGCGAAGAAAUUCAAUGUCUGGGAAUAUGAUAAUGAAAUCACAGGUCAUGGCUGAUGAUUUGCAUGUGAUGCUGAACCUCCUGGAAGAUAGAGUGGCGUAUGCAAGGUUGUUGUUUCCGGCUGAAGCCAGGAUAGCUAUGGAGAGGGCAGAUGCUCAUUCCACCUCAACGUACACUGGCCUCUCAGCAUUGAGAGGAUCGAAUGGGAACUUAAGAGAGGUUGAUUUGAAUGAAACACCAUCCGUACAGAAGAAAAAACUCCAAGAACGACUACAAGCCCUGAUGAAAACAGUGGAAAAGGGCCGGCGAUUUUUCCCCCAUUGCUCAGAAGUGCUUGAUAAGUUUUUGGACGAUGAUGAUAUGCCUGAUGUUUACUUCCUGGAAAAGGGAACUCCGGAAGAGCAAAGGUUGAAGAAAAUGCGGUACAUGGAACUCAAAGAGGAUGUGCAGAAGGCAUUCUACAAGGACAUGGCUGAGAAGAACUGGUCAGGAUUGUCUACCACCUCCUCCUCCUCAUGCACCUCUUCUCCAAAGGAGGGUGUCAAUUACAGGGUCCGGAAAAGGAGUAAUUCUUAAGAGCCUAUAUUCUGGCUUUUCUGUAUAAUAGCAGAGAUAUAACAAACUACAAUGCAUGCUGUGUUAUAUA